AUGGCGCAACAUCAGCAAGCCGUUCCAGUCCUGCUUGGGGACAUGAAUUUGCCUACUUUUCUGAGCCCUAAUCCUUCUCCGGGUUUGGCAGCCAGCGAGUCAGCACUGAACUGUUUGUUUCAUUCUUCUUUCGUUCUGCAGCUGGGAGGUGUUGUCUUGAACCCACCUGCCCAACCUACCCACAUCCGCGGGAACAUCCUCGACUUGGCUGUGGUGUUUGAUUGCCAUCGAGCUUUCUCUUGCACAGUCAUCCCACAACGGUUCGCAAACAGUGACCACUUUCCGAUCUUUGUAAGCUCCUCAUUGCGAAUAAGGCCCGAAUCCACAACAUUGAAGUGGUGCACCUUCCGGGAUUUCCCGGUACAGGCUUUUGUCGCUGAAAUCUCCCCGAGCCUUGCUGUCUUGCAUUCUUGGAUGGCCCAUCAACUUCAACCAGUGCCGCAAGAGGAAUGUAUCCUGAAAGACAUCCUCAUUCAGGGGUCAGUGACCUUUGGACUUCUACUUUUGGCCGUCCUCUACCAGACCAAUUCCCCCUAUGGCCGCUUCGCCUGCAACAACCGGCGGGGCCGUCGGCGUGGUUUUAUGUCUUCGGCAUUGCGGAAGGCGAUUACAUCCAUGCGCAAUGCCCGUGGGUCUGCUAGAUUCUCGAUAUUGCGGCGGAAAGUUGAUUCUUUGAUGAGGCGAUGCCGGCGCCGGCGAGUGUACUUGUCUGCGUUUCGCAUCACCUCCCAUGGACUUGUUCGGCCCACAAAUGAUUUGCAUCAGUGGCUCAAAGACGACCUCAAACCAGGCUCAUCAGCUUCGCGGUUCAUCUCGAUUGGAAACAACGUCCUUGAAGAUCAGGUUGCGACGGAUUUGUGGGUGGAGUUCCUCCGUUCGCAAACUUCAUGGGAUGGCCAAUUGUCACCUGAUGUACUCCUGCAGCUGUAUGAUGGUCAUCUGUCUGAAGCUCCUAAGCUACCUGCAAUGCCAGCGCAUACCCAGGAAGACCACAGUGACUGCAAGCAGUGGCUGCGCAGCCUGCGAUGUCAACCGCUUUCCUAUCGUGCAAAGGCUCUCGUGCAAUGGACUGAAUUCUGUGAUGCUGUUGAGUUCAUGAAUGGAGCUGCUGCUCCGCCUCCUUCUGAGCCAAUCCCAGUUAGCAUCCUGUCUGUCCCCUGUGAGCCUCUACGGGCUUGUUGGAUCGGUUUGCUCAACUUGGUCAUCUUAUGUGACCAUCUCCCGAGGAUUUGGGCUACUGUCGUAGUUGCACCACUGCUGAAACCUGGGAAAGCUCGGAAUCGCCUUGAGUCUCACAGGCCGAUUUCGUUGAUGCCCCUUGGUCUCAAACUGUUGGAUCGCGUGUUGUUUUGUCGGGUCUGGCCCGUGAUUCAGGAUCAGGCUUUACCUUGGCAACUGGGAGGCAGCAAAGGCCCUGACCUAUGCAUAGCAUUCAUGGGAGAUCUCCUACGGCUGCGCUUCAAACAGAAAGCGCCUUGGACAGUAAUCUUUUUGGAUGGGCAAUCUGCCUUCUGUCGUCCACCUUGGCUGGCAGUUGUGUCUGGCAUGCGCCGCAUACCGGGCAUCAGCGACAUGGAUAUCCUCAUUAUCUUCACUCUACUUUCUGGCAUACGCUCCAAGGUCGCCGUGUUUGGUUCCAUGCAUGGGAAUUAUAAGAAUGAAGUCGGGCUGCCACAGGGAGGCGCUUUAUCCACAGCGUUAUUCGUGUUGCUCACGUUUUCACUGUAUGGCGCUCUUUGUGACGCGGAUACUGCUUGCCUGGCUUCUGGCAACAGCUGCAUGUUCUCCGCCCCUGCGUGUGGCUAUGUUGAUGACAUUGCUUUGUUGACAUCUGCCCCUGCAGCAGCACAGCCUGCCUUAAAGGUUGCUUUUGAGUGGGCGCAAGGCAUCCGCAUGGUCUUCAACGUAGGUGUGGACAAGUCCGCAUGCCUUGUUUCGUACGAUGGGUCAGCCCCCACUGCAGAUAUGAAGUUUCCUGAUGGUCAAGCUCUCCCGGUAGUCGAUGAAUACAGAUACUUGGGAGCGCUGCUCACCGCAACGGGGAGGGUGGGUCGCAGUAUACAGGAUCUGGAAGAGAGGAUCUUGCAGAAGACUGGUCCAUUGAUUGGGUGGGCCCGUGCCAACCAAAUCCCGCUAUCACAUCUGGGUAAGCUGUGGAAGCUUUAUGUCGAGCCGGGCAUAUGGUGGCUUGUUGCAGCUUUGCCGAUCACUCAUGCGCAAGCUGAUCGCUUGGAUCUUCUACAACGUAAAGUUGCACGCAUGCUUCUGGGUCAUGGCAAGCGCUCCCCGCUACCGUCUGCUUUGGCAUGUCUCGGGUGGGUUCCAUGGUCGCAUCUUUUGGCGUGUGCUCGCAUGAGCCUGCUCGCGCGUGCAUGCGCUGACUCCUGCAACCUCAUGGCGCAACUUUUUCCCAUCGCGGUGACUGUGCCUGGCACUUGGGCCGAACAGGUCAGCGCGGACGUUCUUCAUGCAUUUGGAAUCGAGGCUCCCCAUGCGUUCACUGCAUCCAAAGCUGAACUCAAGGACUUUCACAGCAGUUCUGUGCAAAUUGGCUGGCAGCAACUUGUUGAGCAAUGUGUGGUCCAUCCCAAUCUGACACACUUUCCGAUUGAGUGUUUCAGAGGCUGCGAAAUCCCCAACCCGAUUGCUGCUAUCUUCGAAGCUCCCAGCAUCGGCCUGGAGCAGUCAACCCUAGCUCUACGAUUGUUCUGUGGUGGCCAGGGGCUUCGAGCAGGUGAUGUUGAGUUUGUGAGUGCUGACAGUCGAAACUGCUGCUUAUUCUGCCUGGGAAAUGGUUCCCAAGUAGCUGAGACAUUACAUCAUUUCCUUUUGCAGUGCCCGCUGACAUCGUAUGCGCACGCGAACCUGUCAACAUCACUUGUGCAGCAAAUCACUGCGCCUCACACUUGGAUGAACCUGCGGGCUUCUGAGAAGAAAUUGCUUGUACAGGUCGUUUGCAGAAAGUGGCUCAUUCGCAAAUCAUGGCUGCAUGAUAACCUUUUGCACAAGCGAUCCACACGAGAUGCGCUUUUGUCUCGGCUCUGGCCUUAA